AUGUUCGUCUCAGAGAAAGACAACCCUGUUGUCGGUGUGCGCGGCAUCAAGGGCGAGGUUCCGGAGACGACCUUGAUCAACAUCUUAGUCAUCAUAACCUCCUGCCUCGGCGGCUUCACCUACGGCUUCGCAGCCAACGCCGCAUCCGGCACGCUCUCCCAAACAACCUUCAUCGCCAAGUUCCUCAGCGGCCCCGACUCAACCGACAUCCAGGAUGGCCUGCUCUCCGGCUUCCUCGGCGGCGCCUUCGUCGGCGCAAUCCUGCAAGCCCCCCUCUCCACGAAACUCGGCCGCCGCCCCGCAAACAUGGCCGCCGCCUUAAUCGUCACCAUCUCCGGCGCGCUCCAAGCCAGCGCCGUCAACAUAACGAUGUUCAUCGUCGCCCGCAUGAUCUGCGGCAUCGGCGCGGGGAUGGUCUUCGCCAACACCCCCGUCUACCUCGCCGAGGUAUCCCCGCCCCAUACACGGGGGAUCCUGGUCGGGCUCAACGGCGUGAGCGUUGUCACAAGCUACAUCAUCUGCGCGCUGUGCGCGCUAGCCUUCAGCUUCGUCACGAGCGAUGUCCAGUGGCGGCUGGUAUACAUCGUGCUCACGGCCAUCGGCGUCCUGCUCUUCGCCUCGCUGUUCUUCAUCUUCGAGUCCCCGCGCUGGCUGACGGAGGUGGGGCGCGACGACGAGGCGCGCGCUGUGCUCGAGUACCUGCACGGCACGAAGAGCGACCGUGGCGCGAGGUUCGCGCACGCCGAGGCAAAGCAGAUCAAGGCGCAGGUUGAGGCUGAGCGGACCGCGGGGCGCGGGUAUGUGCAUAUUGUGAAGAGCGCGAGUCAUCGGAAGCGGGCGCUGUGCUCGAUUCUGCUGUGGGUUAUGGGGCAGGGGACGGGGAUCACGGCGAUUGCGAAUCUGAUUCCGACGCUGAUGGGGACGUUGGGGUUUGGGACGACGAUGCAGCUGGGGCUUGGGGUUGUGUGGACGGUUUGUGCGGUUGUUGGGUGUGGGAUUAAUGUUUUGUUGCUGGAUCGGGUUGGGAGGGUGAAGUUGCUUGUUGCUGGUGGCUUUGGUAGCGCCGCGAUGAUUGCCAUCAUGGGCGUUCUCGAGAAGUACUACCUGAACAGCACGUAUACGCCCGGAGUGAACGCAGCCGUGGCAUUCUACUUCAUCUUCGGCGCGUACUUCACCUCCACAAUCGAGUGCACGGCGUAUGUCUACGCCGCCGAGAUCUGGCCUACGCAUUUGCGCAGCGAAGGGUCCACCAUCGCCUUUGCCAGUUUCUUCGGCAAUGCGGUCGCAUACACGGCGCCUGUUACGACGGCCCUUGCGACUAUCGGCUGGAAGUACUACAUGGUUUUCGUGGCUGUGACGGUCGUGUCGACGGUCAUGAUUGUCUUCUACUUCCCUGAGACCAUGGGGCUGAGUCUGGAGGAGAUUAACGCCAAGUUCGGCGACCGGGUCGAGCUGGACUUGAAAGAUGCGCUGGAUGCUGAGGGGCCGAUGAGCUCAAGCUCUGACUCGGCGAAUGUGUGA